AUGCGUCUUGCCGGGCCUCAACUUGCUACCCGUGCGGCGCGCGCUGUGCGCACACCCGUGCGGUGUCUGGCCACACCCUCCUCGUCCAAGCCGAGCUUUAGUCAGACGCUAAACGACGGUCCCUCGUUCGACGACUUCGUCGCAGACAAGGUGCCAGAGCGCGUCACCACGGCUCCCUCGUUUCUGAAGACGAAGAUUCCCACUGGCUCGAACUUCUCCAGCAUCAAGAAGGAUCUCCGUGGGCUGAACUUGCACACUGUGUGCGAAGAAGCGCGGUGUCCUAACAUCGGCGACUGCUGGGGCGGGAAGGAAGGCGUCUCUCAGGCGGAAGGACGGAGAGCCGCUACGGCGACCAUCAUGCUGAUGGGUGAUACCUGCACACGAGGUUGCAGGUUCUGUUCGGUCAAGACCUCCAAGAACCCGCCUCCCUUGGACCCUCAUGAACCCGAGAAUACCGCCGAGGCCAUCAGCCGAUGGGGCCUGGGGUACAUUGUUCUCACAACCGUAGAUCGCGAUGACCUCGCAGACAGCGGUGCGCACCAUUUCGCCGAGACGAUCAUGAAGAUUAAGCAGAAGGCGCCGCAUAUCCUCGUCGAGGCUUUGACCGGUGACUUCGCCGGGAAUCUCGAUCAUGCCGCCCUUGUCGCGAAGUCCGGCUUGGACGUCUUCGCUCACAAUGUCGAGACAACCGAAGCCCUCACGCCUUUCGUGCGUGACAGGCGAGCGACGUUCCGGCAGAGUCUCAAAAUCUUGGAACACGCCAAGAAGCAAGGCGCUCGCGUGACCAAGACGAGCAUCAUGCUCGGGCUUGGUGAGAAGGAAGAGGACCUCAUGGAUGCACUGCGGGAGCUACGCAAGGUGGACGUCGAUGUGGUCACGUUUGGUCAGUACAUGCGGCCUACCAAACGCCACAUGAAGGUCGACCGGUACGUGGAGCCGGCAGAAUUCGACCGCUGGAAGCAGGUCGCCGAGGACAUGGGCUUCUUGUACGUCGCGAGUGGGCCGCUCGUACGCAGUAGCUACAAGGCCGGCGAAUACUUCAUCGAGAACGUCCUGCGCGGCAAAGGUUACCAGAAGCGAGCCGGUGCUCUCGCGGAUUAG